AUGGUGGAUGCUGUAUUUGAACUCAAAAAGGCCAUGCUGUGGCUGGGAAACUAUAAUGGGUUAAAAGGCCGCAGGGGUGCCGUAGAAGAUCCUCUGAACAAGAGCCAGCUGACAGAACCAAGAGCCGUCUCUCCCCUGGCUCCCGCUGCUCCCGGAGAAGAAGCCCAAGAGGAGCAAAUUGAGAUGGAGGAGCACCAGGCCCCAUCAGUGCUCACACCAGAGCCUGGAUAUUGUGAGCCCAAGAUCAAGGCAGAGCCACAAGCAGAGCUGCCCGAAGCUCAGAGUGCCAUCAUGGACGUGAAGAACAUGAACAAGGAAGACAUGGGAAGAAAUCAAGAGGAGAAUCUCCAUCAGCAGAGGGGCGAUCAACAAAACCAGGUGCAAGAGUUGACAUCUGACCGGGCAGCCUGCAAAGAUUUCCAGCAAAUGUCUGGCAAUGAAGGACCCCAAGUUAAGAGUGAGGCACAGGAACAGUGCCCACCAGUGCCCAGUGAGGCACCAGAAGUGCCCCAGGUCCAGCACAUCAAGGGCUCUGAAUCUGCUGCCGCAGCAGCAUUGCCUGGAAGAAGCCAUUCUGUAAAACCUGGGACCUCAAGCUUGGGCAGUUCCUUCAUCUCUCCGAAACAGGAGACUGAGAAGAGGUACCUGGAGAUGCUGGGAAAAAUGGUGAACCAGGAAAAUCCUGUGAUGAAAUACACUGAAAAGGAACGUAUUGGCAGCGGGGGUUUUGGACAAGUGGUCAGAGCACUCAACAAUGCCACAGGAGGAGAGGUGGCCAUAAAGAAAAUAAAUCUAAAAGGACUGAGGAGCAAGCAACUAACUGUUAAUGAAAUCAUGAUUAUGAAGAGAUACAGGAGUCCCAGUGUUGUGAAUUAUUUAGACAGCUACCUUCUGGGUGAGGAACUCUGGCUAGUUAUGGAGUUCAUGGACGGAGGCACUCUGAGCGACGUCAUUACCAAGACUUGCCUGUCUGAAGACCACAUGGCAGCCAUCUGUCGGGAGUGCCUGCAAGGACUGUAUUUUCUUCAUUCAAACCACGUGAUCCACCGAGAUGUGAAGAGCGGCAACAUCCUUCUUAGAAGCGACGGUUCUGUAAAGCUGGCUGAUUUUGGCCUCUCUACUCAGCUCACACCUGAGCAGAGCAGACGGUGCUCAGUAGCCGGGACAACUUGGUGGCUGGCGCCUGAAAUGGUGACGCAUCAACCAUAUGGCCCCAAAGUGGAUAUAUGGUCUUUUGGAAUCGUGGGCAUCGAAAUGGUAGAACAAGGACCUCCUUACUGGAACCGAAGUCCUGCCUCAGUUAAACUCCUGAUCGCCGUAAUAGGGACCCCAAGGCUGCGGCACCCCAACCGAUUCUCGCCUUGUCUGCGUGACUUCCUGAGCCACUGCCUGCAGACAGAUGAGCAGCAGCGCUGGUCUGCCAAGGAGCUCCUGAAGGUAAAAUGUGAAGGGGCUGCAGGUGAAACAGGGUCUGAGGGAUGGGCUCCUCCUCCGCUGAAGUCCAAGGCAUCAGCUGAGCCCCCUUCCUCCUCACCUCCACUCUUGCUGCUCUUCAACUGA